AUGGAUCCAGCACUCCAUGUAAACAACGUACUAGUUGCUACCGUCCUGUGUGUGAUUUUUGUCAAAAUAGUCACCCAGCAGUGUGAGAACGACUUUUCUUCACUGAGCAUGAUGAUACAGAGGCACACAUACAAGACGUUCAAGACGUCAAACGCUCUUGAGUGCGACCAGGCCUGCAACGACCAUUUCAGAUGUCAAAGCUUUAAUUAUGUCUUUUUGGAGGACAUAUGCGAGUUGAAUGACCGAACUAAAGAAGCCAGACCUGAAGAUUUCAUUUCUGACCCUUACCGAUAUUAUACCAGAGGAAAGAAGAAAUUAGUUCCCCUCGGCUCAAUCCCUGAGCUGCCAGCUGAAACUUGUACAGAAAUCAAAGCAAGUGAGAGAGAACAUUCCACCAACGGAAAAUAUUGGUUCGAUUCCAUAAUACCUGGAGAAGUUGUUCAAGCCCAGUGUAACAUGGAAAAGGAAGACAUCGACGAGUGCAGCGCGUCCAAACCUGUUUGUGCUGUCAAUGCAACUGGAUGUCUGAACACUGUUGGUUCUUUUAGUUGCUCUUGUGAAGCUGGGUUCGUCGGGAGACAUUGCACUGAUUUCGACGAGUGUAAGGGUCAAGUCAAACCCUGCGAUGUGAACGCUGAUUGUCAGAAUACACGCGGAUCAUAUGUUUGCUCGUGCAAGGCUGGCUUUAAUGGGAAUGGAAAAGUUUGCACUGACAUAAACGAGUGCGGUGCUCUUAGUCUAGUCUGUGACGCAAAUGCCAAGUGUGAAAACAUUAUUGGAUCAUAUCUGUGCUCAUGCAAAUCUGGGUUCUUUGGAAAUGGAAAAACCUGCACUGAUUACAACGAAUGCGAUGCUUCAGUUGCCGUUUGUGAUCCUUUUGCAUCUUGUCAAAAUACUGCUGGGUCUUUUGACUGUAUAUGUCAAAGCGGAUACACUGGGGAUGGCAGAACCUGCACCGAUGUGGACGAAUGUCAUUCUGGCUCUCAUUCCUGUCAUGGAAAAGGCCAAUGUGUCAAUGUACUGGGCUCUUAUGAUUGAAGAUGUCUGCCAGGCUACGCGGGAGACGG